CUCGACCCCUUCCGGCGCGCGGCUGGCCAUGCUGGGUCUGUGCGCGCCGCGGCUGCUCGCAGGGCUGAGGCUGGGGGGUCUCCGCGCCUCCGCCCCUGGGCGCGCCCUCGCCCCCGCCGCGCCCGGCCCCCGGCCCGCGUGCCCGCGCCGCGCCGCCGCCGUGCAGCGCCCCGGAGCGGGGCUACUGAGUUCCAGCAUGUGUGACAGUGCAUCCGGAGGGGAGGAAGUGACAGAGACCUCUACUGCCAGUGCUGUGGAUUCUCUCAUCAGCCUGCCAUUCGCCACUAUAGAUAUUGAAGAUGCUUAUGAAGUUACUGAUGUGCCUCAGAUGAACUUAAAGAGGAGUAAAGCAAAGGAAUCAGUCAAGAACAAGCAAAUAAAGAAGAGGAAAAAAAAGCAUGAAGAUUAUCAACCCAACUAUUUUCUGUCCAUUCCGAUCACCAACCAAAAGAUUACAGGAGGAAUUAAGACCCUGCAAAGUACAAUAAUACAGCAAGAUAAGCGACUGGCCAAAGCAAUGGUUGGUGAUGGCUCCUUUCACGUUACCUUGCUAGUGAUGCAGUUGCUAAAUGAAGAUGAAGUGAACAUCGGUGUCGACGCACUUUUGGAAUUGAAGCCGUCGGUAGAAGAUGUCCUCCAGGGAAGGCGUCUGAUAUUGCCCUUCCACGGGAUUGACACUUUUGGAAAUCACGUUGGCUUUGUGAAGCUGGCGGAGGGGGACCAUGUCUCCCCACUUUUAGAGAUUGCAGAGAUUGCAAAGAGAACGUUUCAAGAAAAAGGCGUCCUGGCAGGAGACAGCAGAGGUUUUAAGCCUCACUUGACCUUCAUGAAGUUGUCCAAAGCCCCCUGGCUCCGGAAGCAUGGAGUGAAACAGAUAGACCCCAAGUGGUAUGAAACAUUUAUCAACCACGAAUUUGGAGAAGAAACAUUAUACCGCAUAGAUCUUUGUUCCAUGGAGAAGAAAAAACAAAGUAAUGGUUAUUAUCACUGUGAGUCUUCAAUCAUGGUUGGCUGACAGGAAGAUAAUUAAGAAAAAUUUCUUCUCUGCUUACACUGAUUAAGAUGAGUCUGUUUCAAGCAUAUUAGAAGAGAGAGCAGGAAAAAACAGUUUACCUGCUAGAAGAAUGUAUAGAUAUUCUUGUUUACUUGAAGAUUUUGGCAGCUGAACAUUUUCAUUGUUCAGAAUCAUCAAAUAGCUUAAUGAGAUCUGAGUGCAGAGUGUUUGGUUAUUACAUUGUGACACAGAAGUGGAGUGAUAUCAUUUGUGGUGUCCACGGUAUAUCUGGAACAGCCAGAUCUCUUAGUUACUAUGUUAAGACAGAGAAGACAACUGAGACUACCCUAGGACUUGUGGUACCCAACCUAGAAAGUGUAACGAUCUUGAAAAGCAGAACCUUUAAUUUGUUAAACGCUGUAUCUUAAAUGUCAGUAUUGUCCUUUUUGUACUCCAGUGCUCUGUGUUCUUUUUGGAUGAAAUGUACUUUCUAAAAAGAAAAGGCUUGGUCUUCUCUUUUAUAUGCCCCUAAUAAAAAAGAAAAGCAACUGAUACUUGGAGCUCUCAGGUCAUUUCUUUACAUUUGCUGAGAAGAAACCUCAGGAGACCUCCCUGCAGACACCCAUCUUCACGAUGGCUCACCAUAUUUUACCUGGUGCAUCAGCAAUUAAUCUGGACAUGGACACAGAGUGGCAGCUGUGGCUCAGGUUGUUUUGAAAGCCCAUCCAUCCUUUGGUCUGGUUUCAAACUUAUGAUUUAUUAGACAUCUGAGGCACCCUGAAUAUUAAAGGGCAGUGCUAAGUGCUAAUUUUAACUUUCUGGCAAAUUAAGCAUCAUGCCAGAGUGAUGCACUAAUAAAUUAUUUCUUGAGUUAUUUGUGGAACCAUCAGUUUUUAAGUGCAUUCUUGAAGAUAUGAAGGUAAAUGUUGAGCUCCAAGGAAAAAGGAAACAAAUUGUGUGAAUGAAGCUCCUAGAGUACAAAAUCUGUGGUCAAACAGAGCCAUUAAGAUACAGGAAACUAGCCUUAGGAGACCCAGCAGUUAUUGUUAACUACCCCAUCAAAUUACCUAGUUAUGUCUGAAUAAAUUUUUCAGCACCCUAAUUAAUAGUUAUUAAUAUUUUAGAAGCACUUAGCAUACUACCUGAUGUCUAAUGUUAUAAAGAUAUGAGUUAUUAAUAUUAAUAUCAAUACCAGUCCUUUUAAAUAUUUAUUGCAAAAAUAUUCUUAUUUCCUAAGCAAGAAAUUGCUUAGAACACCCAGCUCAUGUUAGUAAAGGUCUGCAUUAUUCCUAGAACUUUACUUUAAAAGUAGAGUUCAUUCAUUGCUCCUUCUAGACAGAUGAAAAUUGCUAACUGUGGUGCACACAAAGGCUCUUUGACUUUAAGCUGUCUUCUCAUUUUGGUUGUUAGAAUUAAUGUGCACAGUGUAUUGAACAGGUAUUCACUGAAGUUAUCCAGCAGGAAACACUGGCCUGCAUGUUGAAGAUCAAAGCCGGGCAAACAGGAACCUUCCUCUCCGUGUGUCUGCUUUCUGGUGGGAAGUUGUGCAAACAGACAGUCACCAUAAUCACAGAAAACCACAGAGAGAAAAUGCAGUUAAUGGGAACCAAAUGAGGGUGCUUCUCAUUCUGCCUGUUCUUAGGACAGGCUUCUCUGAAGUGGAAAGACUUGAGCUAAAAAUGAGAAUGCUGGAAGGAAGGACAGAGAGAGGGAGGCAUUUUCCAGGCCAAGGGAGCAGCAGGAGAAGCCGCCUUGGGGAGUCAGUGAGGAGGUGCAAGUAGUUCCCCUUGCCCGUGAGUAACCUUCCUUAGGGAGUUCAGAUCUCGUUUUGUAGGAGCCAUCAGAGAUGACACGAUCGGAUUCAUGCUGUGGAAAGGUUACUCUGCUGGUUGGAUUUGAUCCUGGAGGAGGAUUUGAUCCCUGCAUGCUCUGUACAUACUGUGUGGAAAUAUCACUUGGAACCCAUCAAUAUGUGCAACUAAUACCUGUUAAUAAAAAUAAAAUAAUUAUUUAAAAAAGAGAAGUCACCCUGCCAGGAAAAAAAGAAACAAGGUUUUCGAGAGGCAGGAGGAGGCUGAGUCCUUGGAGCAGUAGGGAGGCCGCUGCGCGAGCCUGGUAGCUCAUAAUCGCUCACACUUCACAGCAUUUGUAGUGAAGGUGGGAAGAAGAGGUGCACUGCAGACCUGGUAGGCAAGGGGACCCCCAUUUCAGGUUCUGGGCAGCUAAUGAAGGACAGGGAGACGUCUCAGGCAGUUUGCAGAAUGGGGCCGCUAGAGGCCUAUGCCAGGGUAGGAGAUAAAAGGGAACACAGGGCUUGCUGGUGGGGAUGAGGAGUCAGGUUAGGAGCGCAGGAAAGCAGCUGUAGCCCAGGCAGACGGGCAAGGAAGGAGAAGUGUGAACGGAGGUGCUGUAUCUCAGAGGCUGGGUGGUGUUUAGCGGCACUCAUAGUUCAAGCUACAAGUAAGAGAGAGAGCUGGUAAACUUGCUUAUUUCAUUUUAUUUUAAAGAGGGUGAAAGUUGCUUUGCAGCUACUUCCCUGAGAGCAGGAGGUCGAACAAGAAUGGAAGCCUACACAGGGGGCUGGGAGAGACAGAGAAGUAUUUAAAUAGCAAAUCCAUUUCUUGUUUUGUCUUUGAGACAGAAACAGCAAUAAAAUAAAAUUUCUGCUGUUUGUAUGUGCAUCUUCUACAGAGAGACAUGCUGAUAGAAACAGGGCAGUAAUGAAGGUGAAGGAAACACAAAGUAGUCUUUGUUUCCUUUUAUGAGAUAAAAGUUUAAUUUCUUCUUUUUUAUUAACCCAUGAAGGUUCCGAUGUUUAUCUGACUGUAAUGUUUUAUAUAAAAAGCCUAAUGAAAUAACUAUGGAAUAAAAAGAAGUUUGUCCAUUCCUGG